AUGACCGGCAGUGAGACUUUUUAUGAAGUAAAACACCGUAAGAGACAGCCGACCCCAAGAGGAAUCGAACCCAGGUCGCCCGCAUGGAAAGCGAUACUCAUGACCACCGCGCCACCGAAACCGGCAGGAGAGAGUUACUGUCUGCCGCUCUUUAUCUUGUUCUGUUACCAGGUUGACGCUGUCUCUGGGCGAUCUUACAGUUACAGUCAGCUCAAAAAUCUAACACAAAGAUUUUCUUCAGCUUUGGUCAAGCGAGGCUUCAGCAAAGAUGACGUCCUGGCCAUCUAUCUCCCUAACGUAUUAGAAUACCCGAUCAUUUUCUAUGGCGUGGCUUUUCUAGGUGGUGUAUCAACAACAGUCAAUCCAUUAUACUCGGCCAAGGAACUGGACCGGCAACUGCGAAUCUCGGGAGCAAAAUAUGUCGUUACCAUUCCUCCACUCGCGGAGAACGCAAAAGAUGCUGCCGCUUCAACUGGCGUUGCCUCAGUGAUUGUACUUGGAGAAGCGCCCGGCUGUGAGUCGCUGUCAUCGCUUUUGUCAGACGAUGGUAGCGCGUUUCCUGAGCACGUGCAGAUUAACACAAAGGAAGACGUGGUCGCGCUGCCAUUUUCAAGCGGCACCACAGGCCUGUCGAAAGGUGUUAUGAUGACGCACCACAAUCUGGUAGCAGGGCUGGUCCUUUUGAUGGAUGAUAAUAUCUUCCCUGACGACGCAAUUGUUUUGAAUCUCCUACCGUUUUACCACAUCUAUGCGCUGCUUUGCAUGAUGGGAGGGUGUUUAGAAGCUGGUUGCAAGUUGGUGCUUCUGUCUCGCUUUGAGCCAGUCUCUUUUCUCAAAGCAAUCCAGGAGUACAAGGUCACAGAUGCCCCUCUGGUUCCGCCCCUGAUUUUGUUUCUGGCGAAGCAUCCUCUGGUGGACAAGUUUGACUUGUCAAGCGUGGUGCGUGUAAACUCGGGGGCCGCACCACUUGGCAAGGAGCUGGAGACAGCAAUGUUGAAACGGCUUCCGCAAGUGAAGAGAAUACGACAAGGCUUCGGUAUGACCGAGCUCUCUGGAGCAUCUCAUUGCACGCCAUUCGAAGGAAAAACCAAAUCUGGGUCGGUGGGUCUACUGUUACCAAACCUGGAAUGUAAGGUUGUCAAUCCUGAUACUGGAGAAAUUCUUGGACCAAAUCAAGACGGGGAAAUCUGUGUGAAAGGACCGCUCGUCAUGAAGGGUUACAUAAACAACCCAGAAGCGACCGCCAAGACAAUCGACAGUGAUGGCUGGCUCCACACAGGAGAUAUUGGACAUUAUGAUAAGGAUGAAUAUUUCUUUAUUGUUGAUCGAUUGAAAGAACUCAUCAAGUACAAAGGAUUUCAGGUUCCUCCAGCUGAGCUCGAAGCAUUAUUAAUUUCCCACCCGAACAUCGAUGACGUGGCCGUGAUCGGCGUCCCCGAUCCCGAAGCCGGCGAGCUUCCGAAAGCUUUCGUGGUGCGUCGUGGAGAUGUGACGCCAGAGGAAAUUAUAGAAUUUGUGGCCAAGAGAGUAUUACCACAGAAAAAGCUCAGGGGUGGGGUGGAGUUCAUUGAACAGAUACCAAAAUCUCCAAGUGGGAAGAUCUUGCGACGUAUGCUUAGAAAUCAAGAGAAAGAACGGCGUAGAGAGGCCAAACUGUGAAGACGCUGGACGUUUUAAUGAAGUUAACGUAAUCGUUGAAUCAAAAGCUCGUUCCCAGGGCCUUUCCGUUAGAGUUUAUUCUCUAAGGGAAGGCCCUGGGAACGAAGUUGGUUGAAUUAAUGAUCGUUCUCUUUGCUUAAAGGUUCAACAGCUAUUAUAUUUACACUGUACCUAACAGACUUGUCAAAGAUCAGGAAAUGAGAUGAUGUAUAUGCGAGUCAGAGUGUCGACAACCCGGAGUUAUGCAAGUUAAACGUGAAAUUGUAAAAUUACAUGCCAAAUAAGAACUUUUUAGGUAACUGUACUUGUUAUUUUGCAAUUUUACGGUGUCGGUGAUCAAUGUAAUAACAGUUCUUGUUUUGUAAUCGUGAAUGACAAAAAGAGAGACACUGAUUUGAUGUAUCUCGCUGCAGAAUCAGAAUUAAAUUAGCCCAUGCAGGGUGCAGGCUAAA